AUGAAACUCCUCCAUCUUGGGGCUCUCUCCCUUCUUUUCCAAGCCAGCCAUGGCUCCUCAUCUCAUCAUCACCGGCGCGAUGAUAAGUUGUCUAUGCCUAUAGCCCCGGGAACCAUACAGAACUGUGCUUCAUGGUACGACAACGAUGGUUCACUUCCAUGCGAGCUGAUCCCUUACGCAUGGAACCUGUCUUUGGAAGACCUGAUCAGAUGGAACCCUUCCAUCACUGCAGAAUGCGGGAACUUCAAAGAAAGUUUCUCGUAUUGCAUUCAAGAGAAAGAAGCACCCGUCCCUAUCAGCAGCACCACGACCAAGUUCACCACGGCUCCUCCGUCCUCUACCACGCUCGUUCCUUCGAAGACAACCCCAACAAAACCAUCUUCAACUGCCGUCAGUGGUAAUGGUGUCGAGACACCCGAUCCAAUCCAGCCUGGCAUGGUCUCGAACUGCAAUAAGUUCUACUUUGUCGAGCAAGGUGACAACUGCAAUGCAGUCUCCUCCAAGCACGGCAUAACCCUAGCCCAGUUCACGAUUUGGAACCCCAAGCUCGGCACGGGUUGCUCAGGAUUGUGGGCUGAUGUCUGGGUCUCCUACCAACGGGCACCGUCGCCUAUCCAGGCUGGUAUGACCAAGAGUUGCAACAAGUUCCAUCUCAUCAAAUCGACUACCACCUGCAACUCUAUACAAGACUACUACAAACUCCCGCUCAAGGACUUUUAUUCCUGGAACCCCGCCGUUGGCACCAAUUCCCAGUCUUUACUCGUGGACUAUUGGGUUUGUGUCAGUGUAGUUGGCUGGACAGCCCCGACUCCUACAACACCUAGCAAUGGAAUCACCACGCCCACGCCGAUACAGGCGGGUAUGACCAAGAGCUGUAACAAAUUUCAUCCAGUCAAAUCAACAACGACCUGUGCCUCGAUUCAGGAUUACUACAAGAUCUCAUUCGCAGACUUCUAUGCAUGGAAUCCAGCUAUAGGCUCUAAAUGCACCACUUUGUGGGUUGAUUAUAACGUCUGCGUGGGCGUAGUUGGACAAAAGCCUACACCUACCCAGCCAAGCAACGGUGUCACGACUCCUUCGCCUAUCCAGAGCGGUAUAACAAAGAACUGUAAGAAGUUUCAUCAGGUGAAAUCAACCACUACUUGCGCCUCAAUUCAGAAUUACUACAAGAUCACGAUGGCCAAUCUUUUCAAGUGGAAUCCUGCUAUUGGGUCGACUUGUAAGAGCUUGUGGGUGGACUACUGGGUUUGCGUGCAAGCUUAG